AUGGCAAACAAGAAGGGCGCAAAUGCGCAGAACGGCCAGCGCAAUGCUGCAGCCGGCGCAUCCUCAGCAUCAUCUUUGAUCAUAUGCCGCAAUAAAACUAUGGCUGACUUGCUGCACACAGANCAUUGGCGAUACAUUUCAUCCUUCCACGGUCCAUGGCUACAACUACCGCCCGAGAUUCUAGAUUCGCUCGCUCACCAAAACUACACACAACCACUACCGAGGCUGAUUGACCCAGCUGUUUUCUACGAUGUGGUCAAGAUUCGACGCGCAGUCGACGAAGCAACAGAGGACGCCGUGCGCGCUUCCAAUGGAAUGUCGACCACUGCCAUGAACGCCUCGCUCAAUUAUUUGGAUCCUUUUGGACAAGGCGGACCACAAGCCCCCAAGAUGAGCAAGGAACGAAUAUACAAGAUACGCCAAAAGGCUGCGCGAUUGUUGUCUAAAGCCUAUGCAUUGGACGAGGUUGCUACGAGUGUUGCGACUAUGCAAUCCACAUCUUCUCUUGAGGAAGUUGCUCUACACGUCCUCCGGCGCGAUCAGACCGACACAGAAGCCAAAUAUGUUCAUUUCUUUCACGAAAAGAUUCCUUCCAGGAUGAUGGAGCAAUACACACCAUUGGAGCCAUUGGACGAUGUCAUCUUGAAUCUGCCUUGGGAAAAGCAAGGUGCUCCUUUGCGCACUCGCGCGCUUGUUCAGAUAUUCAAGGGCCAGUUUGAUGGAGCCGCGAGUGAUCUGACGCUCGGACUCAGGAUAGCGCAAGAGCUCAAGAAAAUGCACAGGCCUGGCACUGAUCAAUUGGUGUUGGCAAAACACUACAAAGAAGAGCAAGAUCGUUGGAACAAGAACGGUAGGGAUUGGAGGCAAGUGCCACAGUUGAAAGAAGAGGACCAGCCGAGCAGUUUGGAACAGCAAAUGUUGUUCAACCGAGCCGGUGUCUAUCUCAGCAUCGCGUGUCAGAACGUUCACGCUGCUCUUGAUGGCCUGAAAGAAGCGCGGUCCAGNGAUGAGAAUGGUGACAAGAUUCCAAUGUCACCACGAGAAAAAGAGGCUCAUCAGGCUAGACUGGAUGCGCGCAAGAUUGUCAAAACUAACGCGAAGAAAGCCCUCAAGGACUAUCUUGCUUUCCUUGGAUAUUUCGAUUAUACGCCUGGCCUGCCUGUGGAAAUUAUCGAUGAAAUUACCCGCAGAAUCAACGAUCUGACGAACGACAAUAGACAGACGAACAUUCAUCGCAACCGCUUGCUAGAGUGGAACAGUCACUCAUCUUCAGGAAGAAGUAGCCCUACGGUAAGCUCUCCAUUUUCGCAACAAUCGACUCAAACCUCGGAUUCUGGCUUGGAGUGGGAUGCAAAUGGAUGGCCCCGAAUCCCUCAUCGAAAAGUUUAUCCUUCUUCAGCUCUGNNUUUUGCCGAGAAGCCGCUGUCCGAUCUUCCAGUNUUUCCCGUUCCUGAGAACACGAAAUUAGACGAUAGCCCAUUGUCAGCGAGCAACCAGGAAGCCGUCACAUAUCAUCCUCUUCUUACCGAUGCGCUGCAUUCACUACUGCUAGCCCAUGCUCUUAUCCAGACCUCUCCGACCGAGCUUCUAAGACACGCUCACAAUGCUGCUCGUCUCGCGCGCCUCGCAGACGGCUACCCCAUUUUCCAGGCCGCUCGCUCUCCAGCAAGGGCUGAUUGGAUCGAGGUUUUGCGACGUGCCAACAACUGGAUUGGGUUGUCGGAGUCCUGGCAAGUGCUAUGUCAACCAGCUCCUCUAGCCUCUCAACCAGAGCCAGAUGCUACAGUAGGUGCGCAAAACGGUACGGUAACCGUAAAACACAGCAUCACAGAGACAGAAGAACAAAAGCACGAGCGUAGAAAGCGAGACGCCAUCAUCGAGGCCAUGGGCGACGAGCGCGUCGUCGACGAAGAAACCUUCCAAAAAGCCGUUCGUGCUCGUGAACGUAGAGCGAUGGAGGACGAAGAAGGCUUGAGUGGACCUCUGCACGAUGUACACGGCAACAAUCGCGCUUCUGUGCAUAAACGCUGGGCUCAAGAUGAUGGUAAGGAGUAUCCGAUCUCGACUGAGAGGGCUGAAGCAAUUUGCCGCUGGAUCAAGGAGGCGCCACUCAGCAUGGGUGUCAAGAAGAAGCGGCCUGUCAAGAAGAAGAAGAAGGUGUCCGUUGCGAAUGGAACGAGUGUAUUGACCGAUGGACUCAAGAGUAUGCAUGUGCAAGAGUCUUCUGAACAAGUUGACUGA